AUGGGAGAUUUUUUCUUUAUAUGUAUAUAUAUAUAACGCUACAAUUAGAAUGCGUUACCUGGGAAACGAAAACAUCUCUCUUUAUGAGUUUCCGUUUUUCGGUUCAGCUAUUGAACUUCAGUAACUCAGUAUCCCCAUCCUUUUGAUUCGCAUUUAAUAAAUAAAAUAUGAAUAUACUCGAACUUGAGAAGACAGAAUGGAGAAAAAGUAACGAAGGAUGGAGAAGAGGAGACGAUACAUUUUAAAUACAGAAGACAUGAUCCUUAAGGCUUCGUGAAAAACGUCUUUACUUUCUCAGACGAGAUGGCCGUAUCCCUGCAGUCUCGCGUUUUUUAUGGCUUAAAAACAGAUAUCGCCGGUAAUGCACAUUACAUCACAGACGCAGAGAUUUUAUAUCCGGUUGGUAAUACACUAGCGAUUCACAAUGUUCUUCAGUAUCAACAAAGAUUGAUUCGACUCCCUGACAAGCAUCAUGCAAAUGUCAUUUGUGUCUCGCUUAACAAGAAAUAUGCCGCUUUAUCUGAAGUAGGAGAUAAACCUGUUAUAUCCGUUUACGACCUCAAUACUCUGAAACGCAGGAAGCUGCUCGGAAUACCUUUUGAUGCUCCGGGAGUGACUCGAUUUACAUGUCUGGAGUUUACUUUUGAUAAUAAAUAUCUAGUGGCGAUCACCGGCGAGCCCGAUCAAACGAUGCUCUUCUACAACUGGGAGAAAGGCAAGGUCGAGUCAACAUUCAAGCUGGCUAAUCCUCAAAAUCCAUUGGCGAUCGCCGAGAUGUUGGCUUGCAAUCCAACGGAUACAACGGUGGUGGCAGUCGGUGGACCUUAUACCUUUAAGUUCCUCACAUGUUCCGAAACGGUGUGGCGACCGUAUGGUUUCGCCAAAGCAGAAAAUCUCCUCGUCUGUUCCAUGGCUUGGUUGGAUAGUGAUAGACUGUUGGUCGGCACCGAGGAUGGCCGUGUACUCUAUCUGGAAAACGGUGAUCUCAAAAAUAUAUAUAGAAUGUCCGAUACUGUGUCGAUGAAUCUCAAGAUCCGUGAAGAGUACGUUAUGCCCACCACUGCUUCGCAGACGACGGAAGUCGGCGAUGACAUUACCUGGCAACAAAAUGUGCGCUGCUUGAUCGCGUUUCCACGUGGAUUUGCAUAUGCACACGGUGCGGGUACUGUGGUGCUCUAUGAAAAGGAAGGAAAACAUAAAUACACGAAGAGAAACAUCUAUGUGAUUCCGGAGCGAGGGAUGAAGGACGAGGAUCCGGAUCUCUAUAAGAUCAACACGAUCAACAUAAAUCCCAGUUUCGAUCAUUUGAUCAUUACCGCCGGCUGGUCCCAGUUGUACCAAGCGAUUCUUUGGGGCCCGGACCUGCAGAUAGAUCCGGAGCCACAAAAGAUGAAAGUCAUGGGUCAGCCGUUACAUCAUGGUCCCAUCAGUAGCCUCGCCAUGUGCGCGUGGAAACCAAUCUUCAUGACGUGCGGCGAGCUCGAUCGUAGCAUCCGAUUAUGGGAUUUCGAGACCGAAAACCUCAUCAUACUGAAGCAAUACAAUGAGAAUAUAUUCAGCAUUGCGUUACAUCCGAUGGGACUGUUCUGCCUGAUCGGUUUCACCGAUAAGCUACGCUUCAUGAGCAUCCUGAUUGAUGAUCUACUACCGAUGCAUGAGAUCGCGAUCAGGAAUUGCAAGAUAGUUCGCUUCAGUUACAACGGUCACCUAUUCGCCGCAGUCAACGACAACGUCGUGCAGGUGUACACCACCAUCGGCUUCUAUAACCCCUUCAUUCUCAAGGGACAUACGGGCAAAGUAAAGACCCUUCUCUGGUCGCAGACAGACCUGAAGAUGCUGAGUAUGGGUGCGGAAGGUGCCAUAUACGAAUGGGAUAUGACUAGCGGCACGCGAUCCGGUGAAAUUAUUUUAAAGGGCCUCGACCUGCGUGACAUCGCACUUUCCUCGGACGCGUCGUUUAUUUACUGCAUCGCGCAUGAUGAUAAUAUAUACGAAAUCAAGGAGAAUGCGAUAUCACGAGAGUUUCGACUGUCUGGCAGAGAAAUGCAGCAGAUGAUCAUGGGAAAUGAUUUGAUGCUCUUUAUAACUUCCCCCGGUGGUAUCAUCAUCUCGUUGAAAAGUCCACUUCAAUCUCCGGUAGAAUCGACGGACUUCCAUGUACAUUGUGUUGAUAUUACGCAGAUCGGACUAUCUUACAAUGAAAAUUGUUUAGUAUCGGUUGCGAAGGAUGGCAGUUUAUGUAUUUGGAAAUUAUAUUCUCCCGAAGGGAAAAUCAUGAAGAUGGGCCGAGAUCUGCCGUAUACGAACGAGGUAUUGGUCGGUAAAGGUGACUUAGAGGAGAAGAUACGCACCAUCAAGAGUCUGACAGUGAGGAUGAGAGAAUUGGAAACUGAGCACGCGUACAAAUUGCGGCAGAUUGAUAUUCAGCACAAUGACAAAUUACGCGACGUGCAUCAUGGUUAUUGCGAGGCCAUCAAGGAGAUGCGGGAUAAAAUCGAAAAGCUUCAAGAGGACCAUAUAAAUGAGAUCAACAACAUAAACGUGGAAAUCGUGAAGAUGAAGGCGAUCCACGAGGACGAGAUGCAGCAGAUGGAAAAUAAUUACGAAGUCAAGUUGAUUACAGAGUAUGACAAGUAUCAAGCGUUCGAAGAACGCAAUAACGCGAUGCGGGAGAAUUACGAGAUGCAGUUGAAAGAUCUUGAGAAACACGAUGCGGAGGAAUUGCAGAAAACCGUAACGAAAUACGAAGCUCUGGUACACGAGAAGAAAGUACAAUUGGAAGAAACGUCCGAUGAGAUGAUGCAUAAGGAGCGCGUUCACGAGCGUCUGAUGGCGCAAAUAGAGGACGAUGCGGAUCGCGAGAUUCUCGAGAUACGUACGAAAUAUGAGAAUCUUUUAUACGAGGAGAGGCAGAUCAAUCUGAAGUUGAAGGGAGAGGCUGGAGUGAUGCGAAAUAAAUUCAUGGCCAGUCAGAGGGAUAUAGAUGAUCUGAAGAGGCAGGUGCAUCGAGUACAGGGCGAAUACACGCAGUCAAAAAAUAUACAGGAUCUGGAGAAGCAGAUAGCGGAUCUGAGGAAGGAGAUCGGCGAAAGGAAUACUAUCAUUCAGGACAAAGAGCAACAAAUAUAUGAUAUAAAGCAGACAAAUCAGGAAUUGGAGAAGUUCAAGUUUGUGCUAAAUCGCAAAAUUGACGAGUUGAAGAGUCAGAUAGAACCGAGGGAUCAGGAGAUACAGAAAUUAAAGGAUACUAUUCGAAACAUGGAAGAGGAGGUCGCGAACCUUCAUAAGAUCAAUCAAAAUUUGCAACUGCAGCUACGAGAAGUGCGGGAGAAAUUGCAUGCUGCGCGUCAAGAGAUCGAGCGUGAAAUUCAUAAGAAUGAGAGGUGCCAACAGCUAUUACGAAAAAUUCGUGUCGACAUUUACAACGUUGCGGGACUUAUACAGGAACCGAAUGCUCUGAAAACAGCUGUGACCAAUUUAUAUCACAAAUAUAGCGCGGACGAUGUACUUCUACAUAAUUACAAAGCGGACAUGGACACGCAACGCGAACUCAUGAAGCAUAAAGAUUAUUUGGAAAAAACUAUCAAGUCUUUAAGAAAACAGUUUCUAUCCGUAUCUCCCAGAAAUAAAGAUUUGAAGAAAAUGACGGAGGAAAAUAGCAUGCUCAUCGAAGAAUUGAACGCAUUGAGAAAAGAAUUGAAGGAAGCGCGAGAACACAUUUUGCACAUGGAGAGUCUCUUGGGAUUAAAGAAAGACGUGCAACCCGAAGAAGCAAAAAAAUUGAAGAAGAAAACGUUCCAUGAAUGUACGGAGAUGCAGGAGAAAUAUACGAAGCAAAUGCAAGAAUAUCAACAGGUUAUCAUAGCAUUAAAAGAAGAUAUUAAACGACUACAAGGCAAGAUUCCUUGUGAAGAAACGAAAGAGAAGAUAUCUUGAAUUGAAUUUGCGAUUUAAUUUUUCUUUCAAGGAUUUAAUUAUUGUAAAAAUAACAUUACAACAAUUAUUUAAUAUUUCAGCGAAUGUAUUAUAUGUUGUAAACAUAAUUUUGGAUAUU